AGCAGAUCUGCCUCCCCUGCAUCAUGGCGGACUCGAUGAACCCUCCCCUCUCUUACGAGGCCUCCGCCACCACGACCCAUCCGCUUGUCGCGACCACCCUCCCCCAGGAGGUGAAGUCAUGCCUCAAGAACUCGCGAUUCCUUCAUCUCGCAACAUGUGACGGCCUGACCCCCCACAUCUCGCUCAUGUCCUACACCUUUCUGCCCUCGACACCCUUCGACCCCUACCCCACGAUUAUCAUGACCACCAACAACUCUUCUCGCAAAACCAACCAUCUGCUGACCAACCCUCGCGUCUCUCUUCUGGUCCACGACUGGGUCUCUCACCGUCCACCCACCCGGGCCCCCUCCAGCGGUGAUCGCGAGGGAUCCCCGCCACCUGCCGCCACUCGGUCCUCGCUGGCGAGCCUGCUUCUGAAUCUGAACACGAGCGCGCUAUCCAGUAUCUCGACCACUAUCACCGGCUGCGCGCGCUUUCUGGAGCCAGGUUCCGAGGAGGAGGAAUGGUGCAAGAAGCAGCACCUCGAGAACAACACCUUCGAGGAAGAGAUGGGCACAUUCGGACAGCAGCGGGAGCCCGGUCAGCGGAGACCCAGCAUCUCCAUCGACACCGAUGUGCGGGUUGUCACCGUUCGUGUGCGUGAGGGUCGCAUUGCGGACUGGAAGGGCGGCGUGAGGGAUUGGCAGCUGGUCGACGAGUCGCCAGAGCCGCUGGUCAAUGGUGUUCGGCCCGCAUAGUCGUUCACCCUUAUUCUUUUGUGAAAUUGUACAUCUCUCCGGGGGUUUGUCUGCGACUCCGAUAGACUGAGGCUAGGAGUCCCAGACAACGCUCAUAGUCGUAUAUAUUCGAUGCAAGCCGCCUGAUUGGCAUACAUACAA